AUGAAUUCUCACGAUUUCUCAAAUGUCACAAAAUAUCGUGUUCCAGAGGGAGGAGAGACGGCCAUUGGUGUCUAUUUGGUUUUUCUGGGCUGGCUCUCUUGGAUUGGAAAUGGAAUUGUGAUAUUACUUUUGACCAAACAGUGGAAAUCUCUUGAAGCACAGGACUUCUUAACACUUAAUCUUGCAGUGUCUGAUGCUAGUAUUGCCAUUUUUGGGUAUUCUCGCGGAAUCCUUGAAGUUUUUGAUGUGUUGAAGGAUGAGGGGUACCUCAUACGGACCUUCUGGACUUGUAAGGUGGACGGGUUCUUGAUCCUGCUCUUUGGCCUCAUCAGCAUCAACACGUUGACGGCCAUCAGCAUCAUCCGCUACAUCAAAGGGUGCCAGCCUCAGCACGCUCAUCACAUCAACAAGCGUAAGGUUGGCCUUGUCAUUGCUGCUGUCUGGCUUUUCUCUUUGUUCUGGGCUGGAGCGCCACUCCUGGGCUGGGGCAGCUAUAGAGCCCGCAGAUAUGGCACGUGUGAAAUUGACUGGGCCCAGGCCAGGUUCUCGGUGGCAGUCAAGCUUUACGUCAUCAGCAUUUUCUUCUUCAACUUCUUCGUGCCGAUGUCGGUCAUAGUGUUCACGUACGUGUCCAUCAUCCGCAUGGUCAACUUCAGCCACAAGACCAGCAGAGGAGGAGAUGUGAGCGAGAGGCAAAGGAAGAUGGAGCGCAGCAUAACACGGGUGUCCCUCUUUCUGUGUGCAGCCUUCCUGUUGGCCUGGUCCCCGUACGCAGUUAUCUCCAUGUGGUCCGCCUGGGGUUACCAAGUACCCCCGCUCAACGGUAUCCUGGCUAGCCUCUUUGCCAAGUCAGCAAGUUUCUACAAUCCUUUCAUUUACGUUGGCAUGAGCUCCAAGUUCCGGAAGGAUCUGAAGGCUCUGUUCCCUUGCAUGAGACCUGGCGCAGCUCAGAGCGCCACCCCACGACUGCCACUGGUGGCCCAGCCUGACGACGUGCAGCUCCGUCCAGAGAACUUCAAGGAGGAUGAAGAAAACCCAGACUCUGGGGUGGAGAUGAGCCAUAAUGAAAGUACCAGCGACAGCGCUCAGGAGGGCAAACAGGAGAACCCACCUCAGGAGGACGUGCAGAAUUGUCCCUUAACUAGGCCAGGGGACAAGAGUGUCCCUUCACAAGCAUUCCUGAGAAAGUCCAGCGACUCGGGAAGACUGUAAAAGACUUUGCACACCUUUAACCCGUGUGUGUGUGUUGUUUGUUUUAGCUUGAAGCAUAAAUGUAGAUGUCGUAGAUUUAUUUUACAUUUAUAUUUGUACAUACUCACUGCCUUUAUACAUAUGAGGGUUUUAAUUAUAUAAAAAUGUGCAUUAAUGAUAAUAAAACAUCUGCUUCGAGUCCAUUCUGUGAUCCAAGGAUACAAAAUCCCACACAGGCCUUGACGGACAUUAGCAGUAGGUGUCCAACUAUCCAAAGCUUUGCUAGUUAAACAAUCUGUGCUGUCCUUUGCAGUAAGCUGAGCCUUAUUACACGGAUGGCCGCUAGACAGAUAAACCUUAGCAGGUGUGUAUAACCUGGACGCCUGCCUAUAUUCUGCUUCAGCUCCCACUCUAAGAUAUUAGGCCUGGUGUGGGAGCAGUAUAUUCCUUCUAUAUACUCAUUACAAAGGAACGUUGUGUAAAUGCUGUAAAUGCAAUAAAGUUUUAUAACUACAUACUGUGAGCCUGGCAGUAUAUUAAUAGUAAUAUGUAUACAGCUCUGGGAAAAAAAAUCACUUAAGAGCACCUGAAAUUUA